AAUCAACUUCUCAGUUCUCAGGAUGAGAAACAAACGCAGGGGGGAUGCUACCAGUUCCAUCAGUGAAGAUCUUUACAUGGAAAUCUUAGUACGACUCCCGGUAAAAUAUCUCAUUAGGUUUCAGUGCGUAUGUAAGAAGUGGAAGGGUUUGAUUCGCAGCUCAAGUUUUGUUAGAGCACAUAUCAGACGAAAUGCCCAUACCCAUCUUAUUACGGAUGACCGUUCAACUUUUGAUCAAGUUGAGCUUUGUUACUCUCUUUUUCCUUAUGAAAGAUUUGAGCAGUCCCUGGAGUUAAAACCUCCCUUUCAUCCCCAUUUAGACUUUAAUUCCCGACUGGACUACUUCAAGAUAUGUGGUUCAACAAACGGUUUAGUGUGUCUUGCUGGGAAUGCAAUGGAUUCAAAUAGCCCUAUAUACAUAUGGAACCCAUCUGUCAGGAAAUUCAGGACUCUUCCACAACCAAAAUCCGAUCAUUAUUGUGUGGACUGUUUUCCCAAGCAUGUCGAUAUCCCUCUCUUAUUUGGAUGUCAUCCAGAUUUAAAUGACUAUAAGGUGGUAAGGAUGAUGCUGCCUGGUUCCAUCGAAAUGGAGGUUUAUACUCUUAGCACAAACCGUUGGAAGGUUGUUCAAGUGAUUCCACCUUGGCUCAAUACCAUGAAGUUCGCAAGAUCUGAAUUUUGGAAUGGAAUGGCAUAUUGGCUUGCUACUAGAGAUUCAAUGGUUUCGGUUGUGUCAUUUGACACUAAAAAUGAAGAAUUUGACGCACUGGCAGCCCCAAUUACCAUUCCCAGUGAUGAUCCGGAUGCAUAUAUCAAAGUCUACAAAGAAUCAAUUUGCGUUCUUCAUUGCAAAUUUGAACUAAAUAAUGAGUCUGACUCUAUCGACUUCUGGGUUCUACGAAAAGGGUGUUUUGAGAAACUGCACACUGUUAAUUUUCCUAACGCAUAUCAUAUCUGGGGCUUUAGUGUGGAUCAUGAACUCCUCCUAGAAGAUUGUUCUUCUGAUGGGGAGCUGGCAUUUUAUAAUCUUGAAUCCAAGCAGGUUCAGAAAUUUCGGAUCAGUUCUUAUUUAAGCAUACAUAAUUAUACUGAAAGUUUAGUUUUACUUGAUGAAAUGUAAUGUAAAUACUAGCUGAUCAUGGUAGGGAAUUGUUUCGAGUUCUGUUUUUUUUUUCUGUCGUAUUAUGUGAUCAUGAUUAUUCCAGGUUAUGUACUUGUGCUGUUCAUAAUAGAGUAAA